AUGGAAUUGUUGCAUAUGCUGAUUGUUUCUAUCCCACUGUUUUGCAAGCCAAUGGCUCGUUCCACUUUUUUAGCCUCUGAUCGGUUCUUUUGGCCGUAUGAAAGGUUUCCUACUUCAAUCAUGUGUGAUGUAAUGCCCACAAUAUCGGAGGAUGGCAAUUCGAGUCAGGGAGAUCGAGACUCACAAGCAAGCGGAGAGGGUACAAAUGUUGAAGACAUGCUGUUAAGCAUAUUGGAUGAACGUGACAGACUCAUGGAAAGUUUGCAUGAUGCUCAAGAUCAGUUGGUAUUCACACAGAACCGACUUGCGGAAGCUGAGAGAGAAAGGGAUGUACUCAACAGGCAGUUGUCUGAGAAGCUGCCUGAAGAUGUUUCAUUAUUGGCCAAAGAGGUACAUCGUCUUCGUGAUCAAAUAACUGAACGUGAAGAAGAAAUCGUCGAAUUGAAGUCGGAAAGAAAUAACACCAGGCUUCUUUUAGAGCAUUUGGAAUGUUUAGUCGCUAGACAUGAACGUUCAUUGAGAAUGACAGUUGUUAAACGACAAGUAAACAGUCCUGGUGGUGUUAGUUCUGAAGUUGAAGUACUCAAAGCCUUGAAGUCAUUAUUUGAACAUCAUAAAGCCUUGGAUGAACGAGUCAGAGAACGUCUUCGUACAGCGUUAGAACGUGGUGCACAAUUAGAAGAAGAAGUUCGGUCAUCUGCAGCUGACCGAGCAGCUUUAAGAGAGCAGUUAGCUGCAGCACUGGCUGGAGUUGCUGCCGCCGCUGCAGUUCAACAGCAACGACAACAACAGUCACUCUCAACUAUGAAUGGAAAUAAUAGUGUUGAUUCCAAUCAUAUUUCACAAAGCAGCAAAGAUAAUAGUGAGGGCAGCGAUGUCGGAGGUAAGCUAGCUUCACUGCCUCCUGGUGGACCACCGAUAGCCUCAAAGGAUUCAGGAGAUGAAGGCUCAUCAGCAAACUCACCAGAAAACUCAGGUGCAAAAACAGUUGCCUCGGUUGCUGCAGCUGCUGCAGCGGCUGCCGCCAGCGCUGUAGCAGCUGAACGUAAACUCGCUGAGGUCACAACAAAGUCUAGAGAUUUGGAAACUUCAAAUGCAACACUUCAAAAGGAAUUAUCUCGAGCGCAUGAGCAGAUUUCGCGUUUGCAGAGAGAACUGAGAGAGUUGGAAGCUCAACGUGAAGACCAAGAAGCUCGUAUUGCAACACUGGAGCAACGUUACCUGGCUACACAACGUGAAGCUACAGGUACUUUGGACAGACUUAGUCGAGCUCAAUCAGAGUUAAUUACUCGUGAAAUUGAAUUGAAACAGGCAAAAGAUCAUGCAAAUCAUUUGGCUAGUGAAUUGGAAAUAGUACAAAAUGAGUUAGCUAUCGUCAAGGUCAACACAUCACAACAACAAAAUGCACCAUCCAGUACAGCUGCUAAUACAACAACAAUUAGUACUACAACUAACACAGAACUACUAAUUGAAAAUGGGGAACUUUAUGAAUCUAUAGACAAUGAAAAUGAACAUGAUGACCUGGACUCUAGAAAAAAGAAAGGAAAUUCUGAUGUAGAUAAUUCUAGUGUAUCCUUUGUUGAUGAACUACGCGUUCAGUUAUCCACAGCUGAAGAACGCAUCAAAGAUAUGGAGGCUGAAAUGAAUGAAAUACAAUCAGAACUACAAAGAGCUAGACAACGUGAACAGUUAAAUGAAGACCAUAGUUCACGCUUAACUGCUACUGUUGAUAAACUACUACUUGAGUCCAAUGAACGAUUGCAAACUCAUUUACGUGAAAAAAUGGCUGCAUUGGAAGAGAAAAAUCAAUUACACACUGAAUUAGAUCGUCUGAGACGUCUUUUGGAAACAAGUCAAACAGAAAGAGAUCGUGCUUUAGCAGAUAUGGAACGUUUACGACGUAGUUCUGCAACAGCAACACCAACUGCACUUGCUUUGCAAGGUGACACUUACGCAAGUGGUUCACAUAGCCUUCGAAGAAUGCCACGCAAUGUUACAAGUAAUCGCACCGAUCAAACGCCUCUGGAUAAUGGAGAAACGAAUGUAGACGAAUUAGAUAACAACAAUUCGCUUAAGCGAAUUAAACGAAAGGUUAACAGCUCCGAUUGGACAGAUACAGAUAACGAUGCAACAAGUCCAGUGAACAGGGGUCAAUCAGACCUUGGUUCUGCAAAUACAGAUGCUCAGAGAUUGGCUUUAAUGAUUCAAAAUCAAUUGGAUGCAAUUAAUAAGGAAAUCAAGAUGAUACAGGAAGAGAAACAAACUGCUGAACAAUUGGCUGAAGAAUUAGAACUACGCGUGGGUACAAAUCGUAAUGGAAAUGCUGACGGACAGCUAAUUGAUGAUUUCUAUCAACAGCAACAACGAGUUAGUGGUGCUGGUGGUGAUACAAAUGGAACAUAUUACUAUUUGAAUCAAGAUUCACGGGUUCAUUCGAAUAAUGUAAUGCCGAGUUUAUUGCCAAAUUUCGGUCCGACUGGCUGGUCACCGCCUCCAUCACCAUUAAGUUCCAGAUCAACACCAUUUGGUGGGUUGUCAAAUGAUUCAUUUAGUGGUAGUUUCAAUAAUCCCAGUCGUAAUACAUCAUCAGUAUUACCAUCUGCACCUGGUAAGGAACCGGAAACAUCACUGCCGCAAUAUUUGUCUCCAAUAGAUCCUCGCCGCAAUCUUCAAUUUCCAUCGGCACAGUAUUCACAGCCUGGUGGGGGUGGUGGUUUUAUGUCACGUAGCAGUCAGUUUGAACAACAACGAUCAAUGUCCGCUGCUGCGCGUCCAUUACAUCAGGUUAACAAUGGGUUAGUUACAUCUGACGAUUUAUUACAAGGUAAACUAAACAACCAACCACAUCGGCCUGUAUCACAAUUACAAUAUCACCUACCUGCUACUCCGCCUCCUCCUCCGCCAUUACCAGCUUCUAACACAUUAAAUUCUACAUUAAGCUCUGAUUUGAUCAACGCUCAUGGGAAUCAUCCACCUCAAGAUUUAAUUAAUUCUAAUGUCUACCAAAGAAAUAGUUAUCGUGCCAAUAUGCCAAAUCCAACUGGUAUUGGUUAUCCAUCUGGUUCUUUGUCAGCUAUAUCAGGGGAUAGUCCCGAGGAAGAAGGUUCAUCAGCUGCUUCAGAUUCCUUAGUUUGUGCUCAAAUGAUUGAUGGUCAACCAGUAGGACAGCAACCAUCUACUUCACAAAUUGUACCACUAGUGAAUAGGCAGUUAUAUCAACAACAGCAGUUCAGACAACAGCCACAACAAGCAGUUUCUGAUCAAUCUAUGACUUUAACUCAGCAAUCACUUUAUCAAAGGGAUUACGAACAGCAGCAACAACAUCUGCAGCAGCUGCAAUAUGCCCAUGCAACAAGACCUCAUCUACAAAUGAAUUCUAUGCCCAUGUAUCAUCAACCUGUAAAUCUUUAUCAAAAUCGUCUACGUACAAUGGGACCGAGAAGUCAAACGUACAACAUAACUGAUAAUCAACAACAACAAAUUAAUUCAGCAUCUCGAUUAGAUCCAACACAGUCAUUUUUCUCACCAACACCCUCACCAACACCAAGUAAAAAGAAAUCACGUAUGUUAUCGGGUACAUUUGGUCGACUGUUUCGACGUAAUCAGUCGAGCAAUAUAAAUGAUGGUGGUGGUGGUAUUGUUAGUGGACCAUUUGAUGUCACGAAGUAUCAAAAUCAAUAUCCAGUUCCAAAUCAUAUAAAUCAAUCAAUAAGGGCUGCAUCAGCCUCGCCUGUACGUGCGGGUUCACCUAUGAUGCAUACCCCAAUUAAUAACAAUAUGAAUAAUAAUAUUCGAUAUUCAAUUCAGCAACAAUCAAUGAGUCCACAACCAAUGAUCGGACAAGGAGUUCAGCCUCCACCGCUACCACCAGUGCAGUAUCAUCCAUCAAUGUCAAACCAAACUCAAAUGAUGCAGCAACAACAGAAACUGAUGCAACAACAACAACAAAUGUAUCAGCUUAGACAAAGACAACAGGGAUUGGAGUAUGAUGAUGGAGGUAACGGACCAAAUGUUACCGCUGGAAGAUCUGUGUCACCACUAUCCUCAUCCACGGUGUCUGGAGCACUCCCACCUCAAGUUCCUGAAGAACGUAGGCGAUGGAAAAAAGAAGAGCUAUUGGAGCAAGCUAUGAUGGCUAGAUUGCCAUUUGCACAAUGGAAUGGCCCUACUGUGGUAGCAUGGCUAGAGCUUUGGGUUAGCAUGCCAGCCUGGUAUGUGGCUGCUUGUAGAGCCAAUGUUAAAUCAGGUGCAAUUAUGGCCUCAUUAUCUGAACAAGAAAUACAACGAGAAAUUGGGAUUAGCAAUCCAUUGCAUAGGCUUAAACUACGCUUGGCCAUACAAGAAAUGGUUGCCCUAACCUCACCGACACCAGUUCCUAAACCUAGUACAAGUCGCCUUGCAUUUGGUGAUAUGAAUCAUGAAUGGGUUGGUAAUGUUUGGCUUCCUAGUCUUGGUUUAGCUCAAUAUCGUCCAGCUUUUAUGGAAUGUCUUGUUGAUUCUCGAAUGCUUGAUCAUUUGACCAAGCGUGAUCUAAGGACACACUUGAAAAUGGUUGAUAAUUUACACAGAACUAGUUUACUGUAUGGUAUUGUUUGUUUGAAACGCCUAAAUUAUGAUCGAUUGGAAUUGGAGCGUAGACAACGUGAAGCUGCUCAUCCUGAUAGUAUUGAUUUACUAGUUUGGUCAUGUGAGCGUGUUCAAGCCUGGUUGGAUGAGAUCGGUCUUAAAGAGUAUGCGCCAAAUUUAAAUGGAUCUGGUGUGCAUGGCGGAGUGAUCGGUCUUCAUCCUGAUUUAAACGCUCAGCAGUUAGCUUUGACACUACAAAUACCUACGUCAAAUACUUCAGCUCGUGCUACACUAGCUAGAGAGUUGACUCAGCUUGUGCAACGUUUUCGAGCGAAUGUGCCGAUUGCUGCAGCAAGUAUAGGGCCAGCUCCAAGAGUACUAGCAAUGGAAGCUGCUGCUGUUGUUGCGGCGAAUAGAGCUCGUGCACAGUUCGAAGGUCAAGAUAUUUGUUAUCCCGAUGAUGGGUUCAAUGAAACAGCUAUAACUAGUGACGUUGACGUUGUGGAGCAGACAGAAGACAGAGCUACACCUACAAAUAUAUCUGAACGAAAUAAUACAGAAACGCAACGGACUGAAUUAGAAUUGUCUUGUUCCAAUUCAGACAAAAGUUUGGCCAACAAUAAACCGUCUGAAGUGGCAUCAUCUAACUUGGGAUUGGAUUCCUCAGUGACUGAGACCACUGGCACCAGUAUAAACAAUUCUGCACAUAAUACAACUAUCACCGUCCCAACUACUACGACAUCACAGAAAAAACGAGCCCCUCAGGCUCCUACUGUUACUACAGUUUCGUCAACGAAUAAAUCAACUCUAUCCUGA